CAACGUCGUUCACAUCGACUCUCUCCUUGGCAUCGAGGGAGUCGUCAUCGGGUGCUGUUCGCGUCCCGAAGUGUCCCCAAGUUUAGACCGCAAGAAAAAACGAAAAUUAUAAAGACGGAGUGCGAAAGUCCGUGUUGGCCAGCGCGAGGGCGGGGUGGGAGGGACAAAAUUAAGAAGAUCGAUCCUUCCUAAAUCGGACCAGAAUGGUUCGUGCCUUGUACACCACUCUGGCGAUCGGCCUCGCCCUUACGGUCUACGUCGAACUUCCCCGAACCGUUUUGGCCAUCGACUUGAGUCGAUUUUACGGUCACUCCAAGACAAAAAGAACCGGAGAGCCAUGCCAUCCCUACGAACCAUUCAGGUGUCCAGGGGAUGGAGUUUGUAUCUCGAUACAAUAUUUAUGUGACGGCGCUCCCGAUUGUCAAGACGGUUACGAUGAAGAUUCACGUUUAUGUACAGCGGCUAAAAGACCACCUGUAGAGGAAACAGCGAGCUUCUUACAAUCUCUUAUAUCAAGCCACGGACCUAAUUACCUUGAAAAGUUAUUUGGCAGCAAAGCAAGGGAUUCGCUACAACCUCUAGGUGGUGUUAACAAAGUCGCCAUUGCUCUUUCUGAGUCACAGACGAUUGAAGAUUUUGGCGCAGCGCUACAUCUGAUGCGAUCCGAUUUGGAGUACUUACGUUCGGUGUUUAUGGCAGUGGAAAACGGCGACCUUGGCAUGUUAAAAUCCCUCGGGAUCAAGGACUCGGAAUUGGGUGACGUGAAAUUCUUCCUGGAGAAACUCGUCAACACUGGCUUUCUUGAUUGAAUUUUAAAUCACAUUCCAUCGGAUCAACGCCACAUCUGUCUCCUUCUCAAUCUGAUUUCAAAAAUUUUUAUUCUACAUCAACAAAAUCAAAUUCGGCUAUUUGAAAUUUGAAAUAAAAAAAAAAAAAAAAAAUUCUUCUCCACUACUACAUUAAUUGGCAAUAAACAAAAUAAUCUACCUCAUUGAAAACUAUAUAAUAUAUUUACAAUUAAAAAUAAAAGAAAGAAAGAAAAAAAAAUUAUAUAUUGGAGUGCAGUGUUUUUGGCGAAAGAAAAAUUAAGAAAAAUUCUAAAAAAUAUUUCAAAAUUUUAAUAUUCAAAAUUAAUGGAUCCUCCUAAUACUUAAGACAAAUUAUUGCUACGCUCAAGGAUUACUCUAAUGGACGCGAAUUUUUAAUCACUUAUACAACAUUCGUAUAUCUCGUGUAGUUAACUUUCCGCAUUUUUGCAUGACAAAAAAAAAAAAAAAGUAAUUUUACAAAGAAGAGGGAUUUGGGGUAAUAUUAUAAUUAUAUAAGUAUAUUAAUUAAACAAUGCGAUGCCUAAGACGAUAGUGAAAGAAGAAAUAUAAAGAAGAAAAAUACAAGAAAAAUAAAUAACUAUUGUGACUAAAUUCCCAACGAGAUUGCAUCUCACCAGAUGGGACAUUGAACAGAUUUAUUGUUCUUAAGUGACACAGUUCACAUACAUAAAAAUCGAUAAUCUCUCCUACAGCAGUGAAUAAAAAGUAUAUAAGAGAGAUUUUGUGACAAUCUCCUAGUACGGAAAAACGAGGAUUUCUUCAAAGUGGUUUUUCUCAAUAAUUCAGAAUGGACUUUGUUAAAUGUUCUGAUAAAAAAGAAAUAUCGAAUAUUUUCCCGAAAUACAGGAAAAUAAAAGGAGUUUUAUCAAGAAAAAUCUUGACAAAAAAAAAAGAAGAAGAUUUUUAUCGUCGCUUCGCGUCUUAAAGAGUCGUGCCUCGUUUUCGCUUAUAAAUGCGAAGCUUGCUUCCAAGAGUCAAUUUUAACGAGCUUUCCUAUUCAAAUACUUUUUUUUUUCCACUCCAUUAAAAUUUGAACUAAUGACUUUGGGAGUGACGUUUUUUCAUAGUGGUUUUUUUUUGUUCACACAGUGAAACACAGUGCAACUUGGUUUAAAAAAUACAAUUUUCUUUUUUUUUUUUUAAAUAAAAGUUUCGAUUUUUCGUAAAAAAAAGAAGCUUUGAUGAACUUGACAAUCAAAUUGCUGUACCUUGAAUUUUUUGACUCUUCUUUCGACUCAAAUAUAUUGACAAAAAUCGUCGAUUCAAGAAGAUCGUUUGAGAGGACAAAUCAACGAUCUCGGGGUCAAAAGGCCAAGGAUUGCAGAUAGCAAUCUUAUUAAUAAAAAAAAUAAACCAGUCCACCCAUGAAGACAUAUCAUAGUUCUAUUAUAAAAGGCCCCCGAUAUACGAUAGUAUCGGCAGCCUUGAUUCAAAUAAUAAAAAAACGUAUUAAAUAAUGAAAUACAUAUCACUAAUGUAAUUAUUAAUACGAUAAUAAUUCAUAAAUACUAAUUAAAUCACUUGUUAUUCAUUUCACAUAAAAGAAUUCCUUUAAUAAUAAAAAAAAUAGUCUUUUGAAUUUAAUUUUUGGGAAAAAUUUCCACCUUUGUUAGAGAAAAAUAAAUUAACAAAUAUAGUUGUUGGAAAUUUUUCUUCUAAAUUAAAUUCAUUUAAUAGACGUAAAAAAAAGAAGGUUUAAUAUAUGCAAAAAAAAAAAUUCUCUGAAAUGAAAAAGAAUGAAAUUGCAGUACUCUCAUUGUUGGAGAGGUUGUGUGAAUUUUGUCACAAAGCAAUUUUCCUUUUUUCUUAAUGAACAAGUGAAUUUUUGAGUAUUUUUGAGAAAAAAAAAAAAAAAAAAAUUUCGUUAAACUGAGAUUUCUGUUUGAUGAAAUCUCAAAAGAAAUACAUUUAUCAGAGAAUGAUAAAUGUUAUUUUGCUAUAAUAUAAAGAAAAAAGGCUCUCUUAAGCCAACUUAUAUAUGUAUAAUCAGAAGAGAAAUUCACAGAAAAUUAAAAGGCAUUAAAAUAAG